AUGAAUGGGUCUGCCAAAGGACAACUUACACCAAACAUUACUGGGGAGAUACAGCAGCCGACUCUACCAGCCAGGCCACUGAGCACCAUAUCCGACAAGUCAUCUGCACCCUUUGCGAAGAUACCUCCGCCAAGGCCCCCAAGACCAGGUGCCUCAACGCCCGCCGCAAUAACGAUACCACCGCUUACGCCAAACCAGAAGCGAACGGUCUCUACACCUAUCCAAAGAAAUCCAUCCCCAAGCAGGCCAAUACAGGGCAGGUCAAAUACCGUCUCCCAUAAAAACGCGGCGUGGAAAGAGGCAAGACCGGCAGCAACAGCCUCUGCGCCUCCUAGCGAGCCGCAUGGAGAUGCUGGUGCGGUUGUGCCCGCCAGGCAUGCAGAAUCAGCUGGCGCGGUCAACAUAGGCUACCCAGACGCCUCGAAUGUGAACCGGAGACCUCCCUAUAUCAAACACGGGCAGCAUGAGAUCAUAACCAAGUCAGAUCCACGAAACUUCGAUGUGAGCGGCGAUCGGGUCUGUGCCUCAGGUCAUCUGACCAGGGUCUGGAGCUUGAGGGACGGCGAGCUGCUCAUGAGUCUUGCGCACGGAGAAGGGCUGAAGGCAACUGCUGUGGCUUUCAAGCCCGGAGCGAAUGUGGACGAGGAGGGCAAGAGAUUAUGGAUAGGCAAUAACAACGGCGACUUGCUAGAGGUGGAUAUCGAGACCUCAGGGGUUGUCGCAACACGACCCGGAGCACAUGUUCACAACGAAAUUAUCAAGAUUUACCGACACUUCAACGAGAUAUGGACACUGGACGAUGCUGGAACUCUACAUAUCUGGGCAGCAAAGGACGACCAUGUACCCGACAUGACGGACCGCCCAGAUCAGUCCUUCCGGGUUCCCAAAGGGCACUCAUUCUCAAUGGUUGUUGGUGAUCACUUAUGGCACGCAACUGGGAAAGAGGUUCGCGUCUUUUUCCCGACUCUUGACGGCAAGGCUCCAUUUCAGGUGCUGCUCCGAUCCCUAUACCAGGAGAGUGCUGGCGAGAUAACCUCGGGCUGUCUCCUGCCAUCAGCACCUGACAAAGUGUUUUUUGGCCACAGUGACGGCAAGGUCAGUGUAUAUUCAAGGACAGACUACACCUGCUUGGAACUGCUCAACAUCAGUACCUUCAAAAUCAACUCGCUGCAAGGGUCUUGCGGCAGCAUAUGGGCGGGAUCCAGCAACGGCAGGAUGUACGUCUACGAUGCCACUCAAAGCCCGUGGGUUGUGAAGAAGGAGUGGCAGGCACACGACAAUCCGAUCAUCAAGAUCAUUGCCGACCGAUCAGGCUGCUACCAAUCAGGCCGCCACCAAGUGCUCUCUCUGGGCGCCGACAACACGAUCAGGGUGUGGGACGGCAUGCUUCAAGAAGACUGGCUGGAAGAGCGGAUGAAGGCGAAAGACGUCCAGUACUGUCAAUUCGACACCCUCAAGGCCAUGAUCAUGACAUGGAAUGCUGGCGCAUCGACGCCGAACAGUCUAAGAUAUUCGGAUGCGGACUCUGUCUUCAUACAGAAUCUGUUGCAGAACAGUGAUUCUCCAGAUAUAUUGAUAUUUGGCUUCCAGGAGCUGGUCGAUCUGGAGGACAAGACCGCCACGGCAAAGCGGUUUUUGCGAUCCAAGAAGAAAGAGUCAGACCAGGAGCGCAUGAGUCACCAGUACAGAGAUUGGAGGGACUUCUUGAUCAGGAGCUUGGACGACUACAUACCUGGCACUCUUUACCACCUCCUGCAGACGAUCCACAUGGUCGGUCUCUUCACCUGCAUCUUCGUCAAAGCCGACGUGAGGGAUCGGAUCACUCAGCUCAGCACGGCCGAGGUCAAACGAGGCAUGGGAGGCCUGCACGGGAACAAGGGCGGGAUCAUUGUGCGCUUCCUGGUUGACGACACCUCGCUCUGCUUUUUCAACUGUCAUCUGGCAGCGGGCCAAACUCAGGCACAGAGCCGCAACAACGACAUUACUGCCAUCCUCGAAGCCAACUUGAUGCCACCGGAGCGGGAUCCCAACAUCUGCAUCGACAGUUUCGCAGGCGGCGGCGAUGGCUCCAUGAUCCUCGACCACGAGCUCGUCAUCCUCAAUGGAGAUCUGAACUACCGCAUCGACACCAUGAGCCGCGAUACGGUUGUCAUGGCCGUGAAGCAGGGCAACCUCGCCAAGCUACUCGAUAGAGACCAGCUUCUCGUUGCACGGCGGCGCAAGCCCGACUUCAAGCUACGCUUCUUCGAGGAGAUGCCCAUCACCUUUGCGCCGACCUACAAAUACGACGUGGGGACAGACAACUACGACUCGAGCGAGAAGAAGCGCAGCCCGGCCUGGUGUGAUCGCCUGCUAUUCCGCGGCAACGGCAGAAUACGGCAGGUUGAUUACAGAAGGCACGAGGUCCGGGUAUCGGAUCAUAGACCCGUAACGGGCAAGUUUGAGUUGACCGUCAAGAAGACCAUACCCAAGAACCGGGCGAAAGCGUGGAUGGAGUGCCAGCAGGAGUUUGAGGAUGUCAAGGAUCAGGACAUCUACCUGGAGAAGUGA